CCCAGCGAAAGCGCCAUUUUGUCCGAAGCACAUCUGCGGCUGUUAGAGCUCGCGUGCUCGCAUAGACUAGUAUAACAUAAAACUUAUUUUGAAUAGCCCUGUUCAAAAUGAGUGAUGUAGAGGAUGGAAAGUGCGAGAGACGGGUUAUUGGUCGUGAAGGAUAUGAAGAGUUUUAUCCAAGAAUAAUGAAGAAAAUAUUCAAGAUAAAAGAAGGCUAAUGAAAACAUUAACUGGGAUGUGAAAGGGGAGGAAAAUGUGACGGAAGAAUGAUGUCAGAUAGGAGCGCUCGCAGAAUAAAGGCUAAAUGAAACCGGUUUCAGUUUGGGUGAAGAGAGAAAAAACGAAACCUGGAAUCAGAAAAUAAGAAAACUGAACAAAGAAGAACGAAGAAGGAUAGAAAUUUCUGGAAGAAUGAAUGUGUCCAUAGGUUAAGUAAAAAUGUCAACAAUAUAUUUUCUUUAUCAUGCUUCCUGUUUUGCAUGUUUUGUUGUUGUCUCCUAAUUACCCUGCUGGACAAAGAAAACCCUCUGUUGUUUAUAGUUAAUCAUUGUCACAUAGUUCAGCAAAAUUGCUUUGCUAUUUCCAACUCCUCUUUGUUUUUGGAAGAUUUUGUACACAUACUUUUUCACAUCUCCUCUAUCACUGUUAAAAUUGAAGUGUUCACCCAUGCCAAGUUUUAACGUCCUGCUGUGGCUGUAGGGUUCUCCCUCCCCGGCAAAGUCUGAGCCCGGGAGUCCAGCCCGGGCCAAGUCGAGGAGCAGGUCCCAGUCACGGAGCUCCUCCAGGGCCUCCAAACACUCGGAGUCCAGAUCUCGCUCAAGGUCAAAAUCAAGGUCCCGCUCUAAACGCCACUCAGACAGACGUUAUAGCCGCUCUCGCUCGCGGUCCCGCUCCCACCGCCGGAAGUCCCGCUCUCGUUCCCACAGCACCGACUACAGACGCAGGAGAAGCCAGAGCAACUCCCCAAUGUCAAGCCGCCGACGCCAUGCUGGAAGCAGAAGCCAUGACUCCUCAAAAGAAGCUCACAGUCAUGGCGGUGGUGCAGAUGUUAGGGCAAACCCAGACCCCAGCACGUGCUUAGGCGUGUUUGGGUUGAGUCUGUACACCACUGAGCGUGACCUGAGAGAGGUGUUUUCACGCUAUGGACCUCUGGCUGGGGUCAACGUUGUCUAUGACCAGCGCUCCGGUCGUUCCCGGGGCUUUGCCUUUGUUUACUUUGAGAGGAUUGAGGACUCUAAAGAGGCGAUGGAGCGAGCCAACGACAUGGAGCUGGACGGCAGGCGCAUCAGAGUGGACUAUUCCAUCACUAAACGCCCCCAUACUCCCACGCCAGGAAUCUACAUGGGCCGACCUACUCAUGGUGGUGGCGGCGGCGGCGGUGGUGGCGGCGGUGGAGGCAGGAGGGGUCGAGACUCCUAUGACAGAGGUUAUGACCGCUAUGACAGAUAUGAUGAGUAUGACUACAGAUACAGUCGGAGGCGCUCUCCCUCACCUUACUACAGUCGCUACAGGUCUCGCUCGCGGUCACGCUCCUACAGCCCUCGUCGAUACUGACUUGCUUCCUUCACACAUCAUCUCUCCAAGAAUAAUUGUGCGUUUCAGGGAGGGGGGGGCUUUUACAAGCAGCAUGCCUAUUUAAUCUAAACGAAAAAAGAAGGAGCAGCGUUUUGAUCAGGGGUGUUUCUGUUCUUGUGGAGCACACGUUCAUUUUAAUGUGGCCUGUGUUUUUUUGAUGGAUCUCUCAGAUGUGUGGUGGAUGAGGAAGUCUGUGAGGUCAUUUGUUAAUGUGCUUUGGUUCUUGCAUGACAAUUUUUGGUAAUUGAGGAAGAUCCAGAUUAAAUGUCCUUAGUUUUGAUAAAAUGUAAAAAGUUUUUGUCCAUCCUCUGUUUUUUGGAAAAUAAAAUUAACAAAAGUU